CAAUGGCACAUUCAUUCUCUCGCGACGCGUUUACGCAUGAUGUAACCCUAAAGUUCAAGUUAAAAUCCAGUCCAAAACUGUGCACAAAACAGUCCUCAAGACUGUGGCGAAUCAUUCUGUUUAUUUAGCUUGACUUGUCAUGAUGGCGCAAUGAGCGGUCCCCUCCACUCAUUAUAGAUCCCUGGGUACAUGGCAAAUACCCGCAGGACCUGUUGCCGGGGUAAAUAUGGCUGAAAGGAUGGUCGGUGGUUUGCUGUGUAUCUGUCUUCUUGGCGCUUGGCGGAUCGCUUUUUGGGGCAAAAUGGUGAAUGUGACCUGAAUACGGAUUGUUCUCGAGUAGAAAAUCACGGCAAACGCACUUUUCACAAGGCAUUGAUUGCAUUCUAGCUGCUUUUCGCAGCGUUAGUCAUCGCGUAAGCGGUCUGCCGCGGUGGCCCGCCUGCCGUAUCUCUAUUAGUUGAUGUCGCAAGCGUAUUUACACAAUUUACGCACAUUUGCGCCGACAGACUGCCUGCUUUCGAGGGAUCUCUUUGUACGGCUGGUUGGCCGGUCGGACGCUUCCGUGUCAUUAGUGCAUUUGCGCCCAAGAGACGGUUGAGAUCUGCUCACGUAAAGCCACGGAGCGGAAGGAGCGCGCUUGUUGCAUCGCCCAGCCGAACAGCAGCGCGUCGUUUGCGCGGCGGAGCGCGUUUUUGAACCUUUUUUGCAUCUCUGCCGCUUUUGUGUGCACGAGCGAGGCUUCUUUCUGCCCGUCCGCGCGAUGUUCAUGAUGGUGAUGAUGACAUUGGCUGGAUAGAGCUAGCUAUAGAGAGAGAGAGAGCGAUAGAUAGAUAGAGAGAGAGGGAGUGUGUGCGAGAGGAGCGUCUUGCAGCAAAGGAGCGUCAUUUAUGCAUGCAUGCUUAUUGAGUUUGGGGAUUGUGUUUGAAGGAGAAUGCAGCAGCCCAGCAGUGACCGGGGCUGAUUCUGGUUCCUCAGCGGCUGGUGUUUCCCCGUCACCAAGUGCAUGGGGAAAACAGUACACGCAGAUGGCAUGGACACUUGCGCAAGCCCAUUCGCACUCAGUCCCCCAGCACCUUCUGCCCCGAGAGCACUGCAGCAGCGCCGCCGGCCGCCCCUGAGCCACAGCAGACGGCAUGAGGAGGCUUGAUCCGGUGCAUUUCUCCAUGCUCGUCAUCGGGGUCUCCUUCGCCUGUUACGCCCCGAGUUUGGAUUCGCUGCAGGACCAGGCUUACCGAUCGGCCGUGGUGAUCGAAGGCGAGGUGAGCUCGCUUCCCGAGAACGUCUCCGUGGAGCCUUACAGUGUGAAUGUCAAAGUGCUGGACGUGUGGCCGGUGAACAGCGGCGGGCUGGAGCGCGAGCAGCUCGUCACCGUCGGGGAAUUCGGCUCCGAGGCUCCGUGCGUGGCGGUGGAGAAGCACCACAGAUAUAUCUUUUUCAUGGACCCUACGGAGGAGCCUUUAGUAUUCAAAGCGUCGUUUGCUCCUCUGGACAGCACAGAGAAGACCCUCAAGAAAGAUGUUGAGAGCAUAUUGUGUGAAGACUGCGCAUCAGCUCCGAAGGUGAAGCCCAUGGAUUCUCAGUGGCUCCUGGAAGGUAAAAAGUUAACACUCAAGUGUGAAGCUGUGGGCAACCCAAGCCCCUCCUUCAACUGGUACAAAGAUGGCAGCCAGCUCCACAAGAGGAAAGACGUCAAAAUCAAAUCCAACAAGAAAAAUUCAAAGCUUCACAUCAGCAGAGUGAGACUGGUGGAUUCUGGGAACUACACCUGUGUGGUGGAAAACUCGCUGGGCAGAGAAAACACCACCAGCUACGUCAGCAUCCAAAGCAUAACCACUACAUUGUCUCCGGGCUCAAGUCAUGCCAGGAAGUGCAAUGAAACUGAGAAGACAUACUGCGUUAAUGGUGGAGACUGUUAUUUCAUACAUGGUAUAAAUCAGCUGUCCUGCAAGUGUCCAAAUGACUAUACCGGUGAACGCUGUCAAACCUCCGUUAUGGCCGGUUUCUACAAGCAUCUUGGAAUUGAAAUCAUGGAGGCUGAGGAGCUAUACCAAAAACGUGUGCUGACGAUAACGGGCAUCUGCGUGGCACUGCUGGUGGUUGGCAUCGUGUGUGUAGUGGCAUACUGCAAAACCAAGAAACAAAGGAAGAAGAUGCAUAACCACCUGCACCAGAACAUGUGUGCUGAGCAUCCGAACCGCAUGCUGGCAAACGGACCCAACCAUCCCGGCCCCGGCCCUAGCCCUGAGGAAAUCCCCAUGGUGGAUGUGAGUUUACAUGCCUCUCAUUUCCUGUAUGCUAAGAUAUCUUUUGCUUGA